ACGGACUAGUUUGAGGCUUUGACAGUCGCACUGAAAUCACUCUCGCCUGCCUGCGUUGACCUCGCGCUGGUCGAGGUGUUCGAGCACUCCAUUAACAGAGUAGACCAGCACAGCUAUAACCGAUUACCUCCUCCAUUUUUGUUCUUCUGUAAAUGAGCGCCGACACCAGGAUUAGCCAAGCCAUGUCCCUUAAUCACAAGUCUGGUACCGAUUUGUGAUGAAGCAGUUGAACCGGUCAGAUGAGGCCAUUGAAGCAAUUAAGUCUUUUCGCCAUCUCAGCCCUCCAGUGUCCCAAGAAUCGAUUGACAACAUCUUGGUAGAACUGUACAAGGUUGCUUGGUAACUUGGCAUGGGCUCACAUGCAACUGAAGAACUACAAAUCUGCAGCAGAGAAUUACAGGUUGCUUGGUAACUUGGCAUGGAAGCAAUUAAGUCUUUUCGCCAUCUCAGCCCUCCAGAGUCCCAAGAAUCAAUUGACAACAUGCAUCUUGGUAGAACUGUACAAGAUAAGACUGAUCAAGAACACCCUUUUCUUGAACUUCCUCUUCUGUGCUCUUGGUAAAUGUAGGAGAUGGAAAAAUUGUUAAGUGUGGGGUAUCACCUAUUCACCCUUGACAAGGAGUACUCUAGGUUGCUUGGUAACUUGGCAUGGGCUCACAUGCAACUGAAGAACUACAAAUCUGCAGCAGAGAAUUACAGGUGCUCUUUUAUUACUUUGCAUGGACUGAAUACUAUUGGCUCAAUUCCAAGUAGCAGAUUGCAAGAACAAUGCCACCUAAAAAGGUGUAUCUGGGGGACGUUGCGAAGAACUUACCAAGCAAUUCUGCUUUCCUGGUGAGAGUCACUCGGAAAUGGGAUGCCCUUAUUGGAGAGAAAAGUCGAGCCAUCAAAUCCAUUGAAAUGAUUUUCAUGGAUGAAAAGGGUACGACAAUUCAAGCAACUAUUCCCAUUCGACUAAGUCAUCAAUUCAACACUAUUGAGGAAGGAUUGAUUUAUGCGGUCAAUCACCUAGAAGUCAAAGAGAAUGAUAAAAAGUAUAGGAUUACUGCCCAUCCAUACCGUUUUGAGUUGACGAUGUUCACUAAAAUGCAACAUCGAGAGCAAAAAAGUUGUCCUAGCUUUGUAACUAGAUUUAAAUUUGCAAGCUUUGAGGAUAUUAAGAAGAUGCACAAUUGUGAAUCUCCUUUUUUGAUAGAUGUUAUUGGCGCGUAUGAUGUUGGACAAGAGUUCAAAAAGAAAAAGACACAAAGGGAUGCUUGGUAUAGUGACUUUCAUUUGGAAAACUUGGAGGGCCAAACUAUCUUAUGUACUUUGUAUGGAGACCUAGUGCUUGAAGUCGAGAGGUUUUUGGCUACUUCUUUUAGUGGUCCAGUUAUAUUCAUUAUCCAAGCAUGCCGCACAAAUAAAAGAUAUGGUGAAAAGAUUGGAGUGGCUUCUUCCUGGGAUGCUACCAAGUUAAUUUUGAAUGAACAUAUUCCUGACAUAGAAGAUUUUCGGUGCCGGUUUUUGAAUUCAAAGCAAACAAUGAAGUCAAUUGCAAGCCAAACAACAUCAUCUUGCGUGACUCUAAGAGAAGAUAGCAUUGAUGUUGGAUUUACCAUGCCUCUUUUUUAUUUAGACACAGCCAAAGAGGUUAAGGGUUGCUGGUUCUACGCUCAAAUUUGCUCGAUUCUUUCAUUAAAGAAUUGGGCUUACUUGGGAUGUGGUAAUAAAACAUGCUUUAAAAAGCUUAAGUAUGAGGGAGCAUCUCUUUACUGCAACAAUUGUCGAGAUGUCAAACAGACAGGUAUUUGGCGGUACAUGUUAAAAUUAAUGGUGAAGCAUGGUAAGCAUUUUGUUGAGGUAGUUAUGUGGGACGAUGUAUCAAGUAAGCUAAUUGGCAAACCAGCAAAUGAUCUCAGUGACAGCCUUAGCUUGGAGACUUUAUCGCCUUGUGAUGUUCAUAAUGAUGUCUUGGAUUUAAUUGGCCGGGAAUUAAUAUUCAAGGUUGGGAAUCGCAAAGUGAAUACCCUUACAAAUCAUAAGGAGUAUACAAUAGCUGCGUUUUCUGAAAACACAGAAAAAAUUAAAGAGCUGAAGGAGGCUGUUCAAGAAGAAGUUGUUGAGGUAUAUAACUCAGAUUCUGAUCUUGAUUUGAUGUGUGAUGAUUACACAAAUGUCGAAUCAAAUAUGACGCCGUGCUCACAAGAAAUUGAAUCUCAUCGUACUCCUGAGUCGGUUUUGUCCAAGAGACAUGCUACUGAUGAAAAUGAAUCUGAUGGAAUGGAACAAAGCUCAGCCAACAAGAAGUUCAAGGGGGUUAAGAUUGAGAUUUGACUCGACGUGCAUUAAUUUAUUUUCUGCUUUGAUAAAAUUGGGUACUUGGGAAUAAUGAUGUUGUAUGAUUUAAAUUUUAUUUUGGAUUGAAUAAGAAAGACAAUUUAUCAUUUCAGUAUAAAUUUCAUAAAUACUUCGUUAUGGAGUUUUUUCCAUUUCUCUUUUUUUGUACGUCCAAUGCACAGUGUUAUCCAGGAUAACUUAUCCAUGUUUACUUUUUUAAUUAAUAUCUAAAAUCACAUGAGUGUUUGAAUUGUUUUA